UGCCGGUCUCUUCUCGGCAAUUGCAGCCCCGUCCCAGAAAAUAUAACUUAAAUUGGACAGGGCAAUUUUCCGGCUGACACUUUCUAAAAUCCUUGAGAUGUUCGGGGACGCAGUUCUCAAUCCGAAAAUAGACGCGCAGGAUAUCGAAGAAUCCAAGACUAUCGUAGGCCUUCAUUUGGACAGCAUAGCGCCCGAGCUCCUGGUCAAGGAGGCCAUACAAGAGGCGGCGUACCCUGGACAGGCGCUGGGUAGGCCGCACUUCGUGACGCCUGAGACUCUGCCGGGGCUCAGCGCCGAGGGACUCAAGGCAUUCCAGACGCGGCAUUUUACGGCGAGGAGCAUGGUGCUGGCCGCGGCGGGUGUGGAGCACGAAGCAUUUGUUGACCUUGCGAAAAAGCAUUUCGGGCGCUUGCCGGCAGGAGAAGGCGCUCACAAGCGCGCACGGGCCCUUUAUCAGGGGGGCGAGAAGCGGAUUGAGCAGCCUGACAGCAUAGACCCAUUUACUCGCGUGGCCGUGGGCUUCGAGGUGGCGGGAUGGCAUGACAAGGACCUGGUAGCCAUGUGCGUGAUGCAAAUCCUCCUGGGUGGUGGGGACUCUUUCUCCGCAGGCGGGCCUGGGAAAGGCAUGUACUCACGGUUAUAUAGGGAACUUUUGAAUCGGUACUACUGGGUAGAGGGAGCCGAGGCCUUUGUGAACCUUCAUAAUGAGACGGGGGUCCUGGGGAUUGCAGGUGCCUGCGAGGCCGCUCGUGCCGGUCAGCUCAUGCACGAAUUCUGUGCGCAAAUCUGCAAACUCGCCUUGACGCCGGUUGAUCCUGUAGAAUUGUCCCGGGCGAGGAACAUGCUGAAGUGCAAUGUCUUGACACAGCUUGAAUCUCGAAUCAUUCUCUUCGAAGACAUUGGCCGGCAGAUGAUCACGUACGGGCAUCGCGAGGCUCCUGAGGCCUUGUGUCGCAAGAUUGACGAGGUCAAGGCCGAGGAUUUGAUGAAAAUAGCGCGGCGGGCCAUUUCAAAGCCGGUUUCCAUCUCAGCGGUUGGAAAAGAUUUGAGGACAGUGCCCAAUUAUGAGCAGGUACUACAGUGGUUUGCUCAGUCAUGACGCUCGCUCGUGCAUGGGUAUUAGGAAAAGGGCCUAUAGAACAGCGAUGUGAAUACUACAUUAGUUUUGAAGCAUGAAAGAAAACACAUCCCAUCGAAAAGUGAGUCGAAUUCCUU